CAGCAAGGUGUAUUUAGCAAUCUAACUUUGAAAAGUAUACUUCACCAGGAUAUGCUUUCAGUGACGUGCAUUAUGCUUUUGUUGUUGCAGUUGAAAAGCAAGUAAAUGCCAGAUUCAAGGGUCAUCAACUGCUCAUCAGGAUUAACAAAAUGUUUCCUCGAUCGACAUGGUUCAUUUUUCUGAAAGAAGUGUUACUCUGCUCAGCCUCUUGAAGGACCUGAACCAUGCUGGACUUUCUUUUUCAAGGUCCUCACUUCAGGACAUUUCAACUUUCAAGUGUGGGAUUAAAGAUGCAAUGUCUCAUUCUCUGCAAAAUAGGUGCUAUACUCAUGUGGGUGUUCCACACAUGAUAACCCAUAACGAAACCAUACAACCUUGUUCUUUGGACAUCCGAGAUGGGUCUCAACUCGGUUGUCAAGCCUGCGCGCACAGAAAUUUCUCACGUAACGACAAGAUAAGUUGGGUCAAAGCGUAGCAUGUGGUCAAUGUUGUUCUCGUAGAGUUAUGUGCAUGUAAUCAGAGCAUCAUUAUUUUUUUUUCUAUAUGCUUUAGUCUCUUUGAAAUUUAACAAAGAUGGAUGUCAAACAAAAAUGGAAUAUACUGUGUGUAUAAUAUAGUAAAAUAAGACCUUU